CAUGGCGAACAGUGGCAGAAGGACGACUGCACCACCUGUGUGUGUGAAAGGGGCAAGUCAAAAUGCCACACAACCACCUGCCCCCAAAUAAAUUGUGACAAGGGUCAGACCAACGUGAGGCGUGUAGGUCAGUGCUGUGAGCAGUGUGUAGCUGCCAAGGGAAGCUGCCUGUACCAGGAUGCAGUCCGUUACCAUGGAGACAUGUGGAACAUCACAGAUUGCGAGUUCUGCAUGUGUGACCAGGGGAAGGUCCUCUGUCGGACAGCUGAAUGUGGACGGGUUGAAUGCCCCCAGGAACUGGAGCUUGUUCACCUGCCGGGAAAGUGCUGCCCUGAGUGCUCACAGCGGAAAGCUCACUGCGUGCACAGAGGGAAAUCCUACAAGGACUCGGCUCGUUGGACUGACGGCGGCUGUCGGGACUGCGAGUGCAGAGAUGCCCAGGUGACUUGUUAUCUGAGAACCUGUCCCACGUGCCCUCCAGGCACCUUAGCCACCAUCAAGGAAGGCCAGUGCUGCCCCGACUGUCAGCCAGUUCAGUGCCAUAAGGACUGCCUGUCAUGUUUGGAAACUCCGGAUAACUGUGAGAGCUGCAGGGACCCUACAGCCUACCUGCAUCUCGGCCGCUGUCUUUCCAUCUGCCCAGCUGGCUUCUAUGCUGAAGGACAAGUCUGUGAAGCCUGUCCACCCUUUUGCGCCACCUGCUGGAGCAGGUUGGACUGCCAGAGCUGCAGCUCCCAGCAGCCUCUGCUGAGCAUGGACAGCAGUCGGUGUCUGGUGGUCUGUCCUCCUGGGUCAUACCAAAGCAACGGCACCCAAUGUCGCCGCUGCCAUGAGUCCUGUGCUGAGUGCGGCGGCCCAGGUCUGCACGACUGCGCCUCAUGUUCGGACCCGGCUGCUCUGUUGAGGAAUGGCCAGUGCGUCCCAGACUGCGGCGCCGGGUUCUACAGUCAAUACGGUGUUUGCUACGCUUGUGACUCGUCCUGCACCUCCUGUUUCCCCAACAACCCCAACUGCAUGAGCUGCCCUCCAGGAGCUGCUUUGCAUCAUGGGAAAUGCGUAACUCAGUGUCCACCUCGGCAUUACCAGGAUGACCACCUCAGAUGCAGAGUCUGCUACAGCUCCUGCUCCUCAUGCUGGGGUCCCUCCAUGUCCCAGUGCACAUCUUGUCCAAGUGGAUUCCACCUUCACCAGGGCCAGUGUGUGGAGAGCUGUGGGGAGGGGCUGUACGACCAGCACACUAGCUGCCACAACUGCCACCCCUCCUGCCGUUCCUGUGUGGGACCACUGGCCUCAGACUGCCUCCGCUGCCGGAAGGCAGAUGAAGUGCUGCAACCAGCAUCCCUCCACCUGGAGAGCGGCAUCUGCAUGGCGAGAUGUGCAUCACACAGCUUCCUGGAUGAAAGGCGUACAUGCAGAGAGUGUCAUCCAUCCUGCCUGGACUGCACGGGGCCGUCUGCUGAAAACUGCUCCUCCUGCUCCCCUCCGCUCAGCCUGCAUGAGGGGAGCUGCCUCCUCUCCUGCCCUCAAGGCUUCUUCAUGCAGGAAAACCAGUGCCAAGGAUGCCAUCCGUCCUGUCAGACUUGCUCAGGUCCAUCCCAGGCUGACUGCAUUUCCUGCCCUCCACUGGCCUCCUUGCACAGUGGCUACUGCAGAACACGCUGCCAGGAGGGGCUUUUCCUGGAUGCCUCCAGUGGGGAGUGUCGCAGGUGCAGUGCAGAUUGCCAGCGCUGCACAGCAGACCUGCAGACCAGCGUCGGCAGCAUUUGUCUAUGGUGUACAUCAGAAAGAAGCUGGCUGCUGGGGGAUCACUGCGUCUCUCUGUGUCCUGCUGGCCAUUAUGGCCUCCAGGGAGCCUGCAUCAAAUGUCAUCCAUCGUGUGAGACCUGCCAUGGGGCGGGGCCUCUCUCUUGUACUUCCUGUCCCCCUCCCAGAGUUCUCUUGGCCUCGGGUCUCUGUGCUCCCAAAUGCCCUUUGGGUUAUUAUGACGACGGUCAUCGAACCUGCCACGCAUGUGACAGCCAGUGUCUCUCAUGUGACAUGGGCGGAGUCUGUACAUCCUGCCGUGACCCCACAAAGGUGCUGCUGUUCGGAGAAUGCCAGUAUGAUAGCUGCGCCCAUCAGUACUACCUCAACACCACAACUCACGCCUGCCAAGAGUGCGACUGGAGCUGCAAUGCCUGCAAAGGUCCUCUGCGCAGUGACUGCCUGCAGUGCAUGGAGGGACAUGUGCUGCAGGGUGGAGUGUGCACCCAGGACUGUUCAUCUGGCUCUUAUCAGGAUGGAGGCAGAUGUCUCGGCUGUGACGAUCACUGUCUGCACUGUCGGGGGCCUGGACAGUGCCAGGAAUGCCAGCCCCCUUACGCCAUCCUGGAGGGACAGUGUGUGCUCCAGUGUGGCAGGAACCACUUCCUUGAUUCCUCCUCCAAAGUGUGCAAGUCCUGUUCAUCAGACUGUGUGCUGUGUGACGGGGUCGGCCGCUGCAGAGCAUGUGCUGAUCAGACGUACCUCAUGGAAGGGUAUUGCACCCCUGACUGUGGACAUGGAUAUUAUCCAGACCGGAGGACCCGAGUCUGUCGUGUGAACACCCACAACUCCAUCCUCCAUGUGAACAGUUCACUGCUGGUUCCCCUGGAUGGGUCAGCCCCCCUGCUGCCUAGCCUGCUGCAGGUGAGGGGGGCAGAUGUUCAUUAUGAGGGGCUCAACCUGCAGCUCGUUGACCCUCCUACAAACGGACGCCUGACCCUGUUCACGGAGGAGGUUGGGACAAAUGGACAAGAACUGAAGAGGGACGACACUUUUACGUGGACACAGCUGAGACUGGGCCGGGUCUGGUUCAGACACCACAGGGUCAAGGCCAGGACUGGUGAGUUCUCCUUACAUGUUGCUGAACCCCAGAUGACUCCCCAGCUAGCAACCAUUCCGGUUCAAGCAGUGUCUAUGCAGCCUCCCAGGGUAGUGACACUCGCUCCUCUGUCCGUGGGGGGCCGUGGCAGCCGAGCAAGUCUGUCUAAGUUGGUUCUGAAUGUUGAAGACCCAGACAACCCCGCUGAUGUCUUGGUCAUGGUUGUUGCGCCACCACGUCAUGGGCGGCUGACCCGUCUCCAUGGCGAUCGUGGCCUGAAUAGGUUCAAGCUGGAGGAGCUGUCCAGGGAGCAGAUCCAGUACCUCCAUGACGGCUCUGAGCACAUGGAGGACAACAUGGUGCUGCAAGUCAAUGAUGGCCAUAGCUACAAGAACAUCCUGCUGCAGGUGCAUGUCGCUCACAAGUCCCACACACUCUUUCAACCCAAAACCUGGGUAAGGGAGGGGGGGACGGUGCAGCUUGACAGGAAGUAUCUGCAGGCGGAGUAUAAAGGAGUCCGCUCUGACGAGCUUGUCUACAGCAUCCUGACUGCAGAGGGACGGCCCCGAUACGGUGAGGUGGUUUUGGUGUCCAUGCCUGCCGACAGCCCACCUGAUGGCUGGCAGCCCUCCCUGGUGGACGAGCGAGGCUUCACGCGUACAACCUCUUUCACCCAGCAGGAUGUGAACGAUGGCACCGUCUGGUACCGCCACUUUGGCUCUGGUCACAACAGUGACUCCUUCCAGUUCCAG